AUGGUUCCAAUAACAGAAAUUAUACAUUUUGACCCGAAACACGAAAGUGAUUAUAUAAAGAACAAAGAAUACAAAGCCAACCUUUUACUCAAUGCUUAUAUUCUACUGUUGGGAAAGAGCCAGCAAAAAACUCGACCUUCAUCAACAGGAAGUAGAACGACAGCAAAGCCAAACAAUUUUGAGAAAAUACGCUAAUAUGAUGCAGAGUCGAAAAUCAAUGAUAUAUAAUAUUUCAAUAGAAAAUUCUCAUACUCAUGACAUGCAAAGUUCUGAAUCUGAUGACACUGUCUUGAUUGUUCCGUAUGAUGACAGCUUCCCAAAUUCUCUGAAAAGGACAAAUGAUGAUAUUGACAAUAAUGGAAAAAAUAGAUCGGAAUUUAAGAACGAUGAAAGAGAUUUAAACCUUCCUUCUAGAAGAAUGUUCGAAUCAAUCGGAACUAACCAAGUAAUACAAUCAUCAACAUCUCGAAGACAAUCGGCAACGAAAAGUGAACAAUCCAAGAAUCCAUCACCGGGAUGCCUAGGACCCCCACUGUUUAGACAAAGGAAUUCGACGCCUGAUCUAUUUAGAUGAAGAUACGCCUUUACAUGCUGAUAUAUGGGAAACAAUGAAAACUUACUCGGACUCAAGAUUUGUGAUGGAAGUUGCUCAAAAGCUAUGGGGGACAGAGGGCUUUCAAAAAAGUUGUUUGGAUGCAAAGAGAGCAAAUAAAGAACAAGAAAGUAGCCCAGAUUAACAGAGGGUACCUCUCACUCCCGAAAAAUAUGAAAGAGUAAAAGAUUGUCUAUAUAUCAAACUUACGGAAGCUGUUGUAACCGGCAAGCAGCGAAAUAAUAGAAUGCGAAAAGUUUGGAGUCAUUUAAGGUCAAAAAUAUAUGAUGUGCGCAGAAAACUAUGAUAAUUGCAAGAGGUUCUGUUUCUUAGAGAGUAUAAAAGGGUAAUUUGUCGAAGCAUAUGCGUCCUGGGGUCCUGUUGUCAGAAGCUUAAAGAUUCGCUUGUAUAUAAUGUCCACUGUGAUGUUUCUUUGUUCAGAAUUUGGCAUUUGUCAAUGUUAAGAAUAGUCUAGGUGAACAAUCAAGUUCAAAAGUUAUUAAUCUUUACUGCACUUACAAAAUUGACAAAAAAGGCCGAAUGACUAAUCUAACACAUUUUAGAAGAAAAAUUUAAGCAUAAAUAAAAAAGAAUCCUGGAAAGGUCUCUUACAAUUUAAAACAUGAGAAUGACAACUCGGUGAAGGCCAUUUGGAGUUGAUCCUUACAUUUGGUUAUUUUAACUACUAUUACUUGGGAUGCCAACUUUAAAUGGCCUCUAACGAGUUUUCAUUCUCAUGCAUUCAAUAAUUACAUUGCUUGAGUUUUGUUUCUAAGAUUUAUUGGAAUAAUCAAUGGCCUUUGCAAUUUUUAUAAAUAUAAAGUUAACGAUUAAGUGACUUGGAAGUGAAAGGCACACCUAGAAAACCAUUAAAUGGUCAAUAAUUAAAAAUUGUAUUUUAUUAUUAAUGUCUAAUUGAAGAGGUUCGUUUUCUCAGUGAGGCUGCGUCCGAGGAUCUUGUUCUUUUGGGUUUAAAAUGCGUAAUAAUGCAAUUUUCAUUCAAUUUUAAUUUUGCAACACACUUUGUAUUCCUUGAAAGAUUUUUGACAAUUCUAUAUACAUAUAGGUAUAUCUAUAAAAUUAUUCAAUGGUCCGUGAAUGUCGGUUUAGAUAUUUUGCAAUUGGAAUAACGACUCUUGAGUUUGUUUUUCUAACUUAAAACAUUUAUAAUCCGUUCCUUUCGUUUUAUAUGCUACCUGGUAGAUACUUAAAAUAUUGUAACAACGAGUGAAAAUAAAUAAUUUUAAUAAAUA